AUGGAUUUGAGGAAACACCUCUCUUCCCUUUUCCUCCUAGUGUACCUAAAAUGUUUCAUAUGCCACCUUUGCUUUAGUCCCGGGGUGGAAAAGACCAACGGGAGCUGCUACAUACAUAGAGCGUUUAAGAAGAGGCAGUACAUGCAAACGUUUAAUAAAACCUUUGGGAAGGGAAAAGAUACAAAAUUUCAAUUAAGUAUGAUUUUUAGAAAGCUAAAAGAUCAGUCCAUGAUAAGGAGCAUUCCUAGCCAUGUACGAAAGAGAAAGAAGAAGAAAAAAAAAAAGAAAAAAAAAGCAGACGGUGAUGACGAUGCUGAUGGAAAGGGCCAAAAGGGGAGGAAAAAAAAAGUUAACAAAAAGUUAAUGAGAAGGAGGCUGCUCAAGUUUUACAAGUUGAAGAGGAAAAACGAGGGUACUGAGGAGGAUGUUUUUUCCGACAAGCCCAAGUACUCUGUGUUCGACUACGUUGAGGAUAAGAUGAGCGGUGGUAGCGGUGGAAGAGGUGACAUCGAUAUUAGCGGUGUUAACCGUGUUAGCCGUGCCAGCCAUGGGGGUCACGGCGACCAGGACCACCUCCCCUCCGCUGCACCCCCCGAGGGGCCCCAAAAAGAAGAACAUGAAGGGGAAGGCAAACUGCACACCUACAUGGAUGAUAUUCAAGGGGAGGACUCACCCGAAGGGGCUGAUCUCACUCACGGGCAAGAUGGGCAGGAUGGGCAAGAUGGAAAAGAUGGAAAAGAUUUUCAAGAUGGACAAGAUUUGCAAGAUGGGCAACAUGCCCAACACGGCGAAGAAGCAGAUGCCACCUCCACGGGAAAAAAAAAAAAAAAAAAAUUAAAAAAGCUAAAAAAGAACAUGCACAUAGGGAAAUACAACCGGAAAAUUUUUACCUACAAAAAAAAAGUUUCCGUAGAUGACGUGCACGAAUAUGUCCAGAACAAACAUCUGGGGGAAAAAUACAUCCUUCAGAAAGACACCCUAAAAAAUGUUUUCGUGAAUAAGCCUCUAUUCAAUUUUUACAAUUUUUACAACUUCUUUCAAAUUGACCACGUCGAAAAGUACAAUAAAGAAAAAGUACUAAACUUAAUUUACUAUUAUAUUUAUAAAUACAAAAACAAAAUGGAGAACCAAACAGAAUAUGACUGUGUGAAGACACAGGAUAUUCUACACACUUACGACAGCAUUGCAGAUGAGAAGAAGAAAAUGAAACACUAUCUAGACUUCUACAUCGAUAUGAAUAACAACAGAUACCUCUAUAUGAACAUCGACAAGAAUUACGCCUUGAAGAAGAAGCACACGGAUGCCUUCACCGUUAGCAACAUUAACAAGGUGGACUCGAUGCACAUACACAAUUACAAGGUGGUGUGGACCAUUCGAAAUGUGCAGGAGAAACUAUUUUGGAGAUUCCGCGAAAUGGGGAACAUCCCCCUAACGACCUCCGCCUUUUCCUUCGCGGGCAAGAAGUCGUUCAAAUUGAAGCUUUGGCUAGAUGGUCACAAAUCCGCCAAGAAGGGCUACGUAAGCGUCGGCCUGAAGCAACUGGAAAACUACGCGCUGCUGGAGGAGUACAUUUGUCUCUCACUUGGCGGAGUCACCAGGGGUCCAUUCCAAUACAUGUCGAGAGAAUACUACCAAGGCUGCUACAACUUCUGUAAGUUUGACGAUCUGGACGUAAAAAACGAUGAGUUACAGUUAAGUCUAUUUGUGUACGAUGGCGUUGUGUAG